AUGUGUAGCGAAGCCUGCUUCUCUCAGAAGCGCAGCCAACAACAUCGUCUGAAAGAGUUGUACAAGAAACAGGAGCAGAUCCACGUGCAGUUGCUCCAGCAUCAGACGGGCAAGAGAAGCAAAGAGCUCCUCGCACAUCAUUUAGCCUUGGAGCAGCUACUCCACGUCCAGGCGCAGCAACAGGCACUUUGCAGCCCUGCAGCUGGUUUCAGCUCCGUGCACUGCAAGCAUGCUUGGAAGGAGAUGGACAGCGGAGGGGCAGAGGACGAAGACGGAGAUGGGAAGACCGAGACGGUCUGCCAGGGAGAGAAAAGUGACGUCACGUCGUCCCACCCUUGCAGCACUCCAACUGACUUAACCGCCACAGGCGUCCUCUACGGUCACGGCGUGUGCAACUGGCCGGGAUGCGAGUCCGUCUGCCAUAACCACCGACAGUUUGUAAAGCACAUGCGCUGCGAGCACACACUAGACGACAGAAGCACGGCUCAGUGCAGAGUCCAGAUGCAAGUGGUUCAUCAGCUGGAGAUUCAGCUUCGCAAAGAACGAGAGCGCCUGCAGGCGAUGACGGCUCACCUGCUACUUCCUGCUGCGGAUCCCCACUCGGCUCCGGCAGGACCGCCUCCGACACCAUGUGAUCCGUCAGCUGACCCGCUCUGUAGUCAGCCCUCACCGAGUCCGUCACAUGACACCCGUGUGUCCCCCCUGCCUCUUGCCAACAUCAACUCCCCGUCGCAGAAGGACUCCUGCCCCAUUUCGCGUGUUGAGGCCGUGAGACGCCGUCAUCACCCGUCCUUCUACUCUGCAGAAAAUGAACAGGCGCUCAACAAGGACGCUGAUAUCAGACCACCUUAUACGUACGCAAUCAUGAUAAGACAGGCCAUCAUGGCGUCACCAGACAAGCAGCUCACACUCAAUGAAAUCUACAACUGGUUCACUCGGACCUUUGCCUAUUUCAGACGCAACGCCGCAACCUGGAAGAACGCGGUGCGCCACAACUUGAGCUUGCACCGCUGCUUCGUGAGACUGGAGACCGCCAAGGGCGCAGUGUGGACGGUGGACGAGGUGGAGUACCAGCGCAGGAGGUCCCAGAAGAUGACGGGGAGUCCUCCUUUGAUGAACAGCGGCCAUUUUGGAUGGCGUUUACUUACAUGACAUUGUCUAGAUUCUGGAAACGACAAACGCACACGAGUUAAGCAGUACGCUUCGGAAAUGCGACCGAACAGUAAAUAAUGGCGGUCUACAGCUGAGCAUGAUCCAAAAUGGCGACCAGAAGGACUAAUUCAGACUCAAAUAAUGUCAUUAAAUAUUCAUAUUGUGGCAUAAAAUAUGAUAUAAGUAGAGAUAUUUGUUGAAAAUGAAGAGUUGUAGUUGGCGUACAAUUUUAUUUACGUUUUAAAGAAAACUGGGCAUUUUAUAAACAUAUUUUUUUCACAUUUGUCAAUUUUCAUCUCACUUUUUGGUGGUUUUAGGGACCUAACUAAAUAUAUAUAAAAAGAAAAAGGAAUUCUGCAUAACAAAUACAAUCAGGUGAUGCUACUUAUAAAAAAGUGUGUCCAUAACUACUGUGCAAUCUACUAUGCUAUCAUGAUUUGUUUUAAAUCUAUUUGAGUAUUUGUGUAUACUUUAAUUGUAGUACAAACUGUGAUGAACAUUGAAAUCUGAUUACCAAUUAAAAAUCUCAGCUUUUUGAAUGCGUGCCUCUAAUAAACUGACUUCUUCCAGAAA